AUGCUAUGGGAACACAGCAGGCCUUUUGAUAGCGACAUAUCAGUCACUUUGGAUAAUGACUCGAUUUCAUUGCCCCCAUAUGGAACAUGGGGUUACCUGGACUGGGGGUAUGCGGACGCAGUUCCUCUUUAUGCCAAAGCAAGACGAGGAACGGACUGGAUAACCAUUGACGGUGUUAAUGUUCCCGAUGUCGACUUGAUCACCAUAUCUGCUGGAUGGCAAACUUACCCUGGUGGACAAGCGUAUCCUUUGCAGGUUGGGGCCCUUUCUCUUGGAGGUCCAGAUAUCAAUCAAACAUUUGGAGAUUCGAUAAAAAUCAACACGACCUUCAUCACCAGCUACCUCUACGACCAGGAGGGGUCCACAAACAUACCAUCAUAUUCCUAUGGAAUGCAUAUUGGUUCCGCAUCUUUGGGAAUCCCUGGUUCACUUCUUCUGGGAGGAUAUGAUCAGAAUAGAGUGAUGGGAGACGUUUCUGCCCAGUCAUUUGCAAGUGGAAGCUUUCCGAUUGAAAUGUACGAUAUGAGUAUUGGAGUGGCAGAAGGUGGAUCGCCUUGGAAUUACUCCAACAAAACAGGUCUCUUGGCGCAGGGAAAUUCCUCCUUGGAUUCCGGUCUCAAGAUUAUUGUGGACCCAGUCAGUCCAUACAUAUAUCUGCCUAAAAGCUCAUGUGAUGCGAUAGCCGCUGAGUUGCCCGUCACAUACCACCCUGGUUAUGGCCUCUAUUUUUGGAACACAUCCGACUCGCAGUACGACAAAAUUGCGACCUCCCCAAGUCAUUUGGCGUUCACGUUUAGCAAGAACAGCCUCAAUAACGAGGAUAUCACGAUCAAGGUCCCCUUCGCUCUCCUGAAUCUUACACUAGAGGCCCCGCUUGUGAAGAUGCCAACGCAAUACUUCCCAUGCAUGGCCACCAAUAGCACCCCUGCUCUGGGUCGCGCUUUUCUUCAAGCAGCAUUUGUCGGCGUUAAUUGGCUUGGUGGGAAGUGGUUUUUGGCUCAAGCACAUGGACCAGAUGGCUCUUUCAUUGUCAAUACCGUGACAAUAGGCGACAACAAAUCCACCAUUUCGGGGUCUUCCAACAGUUGGAAAGAUACCUGGAAGAACACCUUGAAAUUGAUACCCACAGAUUCCAACUCGAACACGACCAAGACGGAUACCGGAACUACUAACAGCAAGGGUCUCUCCACGAUUGUCAAGAUCGGCAUCAUCGUUAGUAGUACUGUAGGCAGCGUUUUGAUAAUUGCCCUUUCUUGUGGGCUCUGCAUUCGCCACCGUCGCCGGCAAGAGAAAUCACUCAAUCGAGAUCAGAACAGUGCAACCAAGGGGCCAUUUGACACAUCGUCUUCAGCGCAUCAAUUCAACUACGUGGAAGCUCCAGAUAAUAAAUGGAACCCACUAUAUGAAUUGCACCACAGCAACCAAAUAUACGAGAUGCGCUCGGAGAGAGGUCCUUUUUAUGAGUUGAACUCAGACAAAGGUCCUAUUGUUGAAAUCGACUAUAAAAAGGUAGUUCAGCAUGGCCUCUUCGAGCUGCCAGAGCGGACGUCUGUCUUGGUGUCUAACUUUAUCGGAAAGCUGCCAUCAUAA